GUUGUGCUCCAUCUUUGGAGAGUUGUGUUGCUAGGAAACCCCCGGUAAACAAGGCACAGUCAUGUCGCAGUUACAGUUUCUGGAGCUGCCCCAGGGAGCUGUGGCAUCUAUAACAAGAGUUAACCCUGGCUUGUGGUACUGGAAAGAUGAUACUCAAACUCUUGAAUUUGCACUUGCCUAUCCUAAGGAGGAACCUAAGGAAACAAAAGAGAAGUCUAAGAAAGGCGCCAAGGCUAUCCAUUUCCAGGACCCUGGAUCUAAACCAACGGAGAGGCCGAUGCCUAAGUUUUUCCGAGAUAUAUUAGCUAUGCAAAGCCGGGAGGAUAAAGCACCCCGACCGUUGAGGCGAGGACAAAAUGAGCUGAUUACUUUAGAAGAUGUUAAGUAUGCUGCUUUGUUUCUGGCUCAAGAGGAUGAAUCUUUUCAUGUCCCUUCUUUCUCCACUGUUAUGAGGUGUAAGCAGCUGGAUGAGUUCCUCAUGGCUCUGUUAUACUACAUCUCUUUCUAUUUGGAAAAACUAGCCCUGGAAGCAAAACCCAAAUCAUUCAUGGGAAAGCCGAGUGCCCAGGAGAAGAAAGAACUGAAGGAUAACCAAAUCAAUCUGGCGGUGACCAAAAAGCACCUUGCCGAGAUGUACUGCAUCCUAAUCCUUGGACUAGGGAUGUCAGAGCAGCAUCACAUGGCAUGUGGCAAGAGAAAAAUAUCAACCUCACAGAGAGACAGGGAUUUCUUUGAGUGCUUGUACAACUUUGCUGCCUAUGUGGCUUUUGUGACAUUCAGACAGAAGAACCUCAAAGAAAUCCAGCGGGAAAUAGGCAGGCUGCUCCGCUCAAACAUAUUCAAUCCUGCUCUGAGAGAGAGAACCAAGGGGAAUAUAAAAACAGAUGUGACCAAGGAGGUGAAGAAAGUCACUUUCACCUAUCACAAGAGCACAGAGGCUAGGCAACCAGCCAUAAGGAGUGUCAUGGAUCAGCGGUCACCUGUGCUUAGCACUCUGUUGCCGAUGCCAAAGGACAGUGCCCAGUACCUUUUCCAGGACCAUUACCUUCAUUCUGGCAAAACUGCUCCAAGUUACACCCCUGAAGAGCUACCAGAAUUAUCCUCUAUCGUGACACCAACCAAGAUUGGCAUUAUUGGAUCUCCACGCAACAGAUUCAUCCCUCAUACACUUCUGCCCCUUAGCUUCCAGGAUGAAGAAGAAGAAGAAGAAGAAGAGUCGGAAAGUGUCAUAACCAAAACUAGUGGCUCUUCCCUCUUUUCCCGGGAACUGAUGUCUGCCCUGAGGGUUCAAGGCAGUGGAAGCCACCCAUCUCUGGGGGUUUCGAGGCCUACUACUGAAGGAGACUACACUGAGACUCCCCUGUAGCAUAUGCUAGCAUUAGUGCUAAGUUUUCCAUGUGUUAAAUAAAUCUAUUUGAAGCUUU